CCAGCGGUCGGGUUGUGUAUCACGCUUGCUUGGUGCCAUAGUUACUGUUAACAACCAUACGCUGUGUGUAAGGAUUGACACAAUGAAAGCAGAUUACCUUAAAAUACUUUUUUAUUUGUAAAAAGAUACAUCUUGGAUUUGUGGAUUUUUUUAAUGAGCUCUAACGCUGCAGCGUGCCAACGCCUUGCAGGUAGCAAGAAAGCCAGGACAGGACGUCACCACAUUGUUUACUAGUCAUUCGUUCUGCACUGCUGAGACAUGUCUCACAGAUUACACACACAUUCUUCAGAAUGACAAGUAUACUAUGACUCUGAGACUAUGGCCAGUGAACCCCUUGAAGGUUUCCACGAGGUGAACCUGGCAUCACCCACCACGCCAGACUUGCAUGGUGUCGACGAGCUGCACACGCCGAAGCCCAGCGCACCACCCAGCACCCUGUACCGUACACAUUCCCUGACCUCUACCCCCUGUCCUCCUAACUCACUCUAUGUCGACCAGUUACCCACCCAGCCAGUUUACCCCGCUCCCAGAGACCUGGACAACAAUGAGCCGCACAACGGCAGCUUGCCUGGACUGGAGGGCUCAGCCUCUCAGGAGCCAGGGGCAGGUGAUGGGAGUGCCUCAUUGGGCGAAGACGGAGUGGACACCUUGGGCCUGAGCACAGACAGCCUAUCACGACUCAGAAGCCCUUCUGUGAUGGAAGUCAGAGAAAAAGGAUAUGAGAGGCUGAAGGAAGAGCUCGCCAAAGCCCAGCAGGAGCUUAAGUUAAAAGACGAGGAGUGUGAGAGACUUUCUAAAGUCAGGGAUCAGCUGGGGCAGGAGCUGGAGGAACUCACUGCUAGCCUGUUUGAGGAGGCUCAUAAGAUGGUGCGAGAAGCGAAUGUGAAGCAGGCCACAGCAGAGAAGCAGCUGAAAGAAGCCCUCGGGAAGAUUGAUGUUCUCCAGGCUGAGGUGGCUGCGCUGAAGACUCUCGUUAUGUCCACAUCGCCAACGUCUCCAUGUAAGGAGCUGCCAUCAGGCUCCAAGGUGCCUUUUAAGAAAGGCCAUGUGCGCAAUAAGAGCACCAGUAGCGCUAUGCUGGGCAGCCAGCAGGAGCUCAGCCUUCCCCAGCCUAUCGUACGUGACUGCAAGGAGGUGGAUUCCAUUCUGUUCAAUGAGUUUAAAACAUGGAAGGAAGAACCCACGUUGGAGAGGAGUUGCUCUUUCUUGGACAGAAUCUACAGAGAGGACAUUUACCCAUGCCUCACGUUCUGCAAGAGUGAGCUGGGCUCAGCGAUCCUGGAGGCUGUGGAGAGAAACACACUGAGUGUGGAGCCAGUGGGAUUCCAGCCGCUGCCAGUAGUCAAAGCCUCAGCCGUGGAGUGUGGAGGGCCCAAAAAGUGCGCCCUCAGUGGCCAGACUAAAACCUGCAAGCACAGAAUCAAAUUCGGGGACUCCAGCAACUACUAUUAUGUGUCUCCAUUCUGUCGGUAUCGGAUCACCUCCGUCUGCAACUUCUUUACCUACAUUCGCUACAUCCACCAAGGACUGGUCAAGCAGCAGGAUGCUGAACAAAUGUUCUGGGAGGUCAUGCAGCUACGGAAGGAGAUGUCAUACGCCAAGCUUGGCUACUACAGAGACGAACUGUGAUCGGUCAGCGUUGGGAGAGGAACAGAGGAACACUUGUCUCAAAGAAACACGCAGUGCAGGCAAGGAGGGUCUGCAGUUAAUAAAGUAAUAAAGAAGUGUCACAGGGACCAGUUCUUUCCUCGCAUCUCAACACUCCACCACUGUGUGUGUGUGUGUGUGUGUGUGUGUGUGUGUGUGUGUGUGUGUGUGUGUGAGAGAGAGAGAUUAGCUGUCUGUUUUCAGGUCCUUUCCUAUUUAAAGUGCAACAUAUGCUGCUGAAGUUCCGAUUACCUGAGUUCAGUUUGUGUAUUGAUUGCUACAUGAAGGAGAAUAAAAGAAAUCUAUGCUGGGUUUGGAUUUCCAUUCUGUAUGUUCUAGAAAAGAAAGCCUUUCGCCCCAACUAAUCAACUCCUCUUGAGCUUUCAGUUCAUUCUAAAUUUAGCUAGUGGCGUGUUGCUGUGUGGUUAUGUGUGUGGAAUGUGCUGUACAUUUUGUUUUUCUUGGAGCUGUCUGAUCAGUUAUUUGUGUAUUUUCUUCCAAAUUUCAUCACUCUUUUCCCAUUUUGAUUUUUAGUGCCUUUCUGGAACGCCGAAUAAAAUUGUAUACCUCCA